AUGCUCUAUACGACGACGUCAAACGCCCGCUGUCGUCGAGAGCCCGAGACUGCUUCUUAUCUCGUUGCGCUGGUAGAGACGACGCAUGCGAGCACUCAUACACACCACAACACUGGACCCACACCGCUGAACUACGUAUACUCGUUACCGCCGGCUUCUUCGAUUACCCCGCCCCGAUGCACGCCAUCAAUGAAGAUCGAGGUCGCUAUACCGCUACAUGUGAGGCCAAACGCCAAGGACGAGGCCUGCGGCAUAAAGCACCUAAAGAGGCAGCCCGGUGUGCCUUUUGAAUGA